UCUCGGCGAGCUUCUCACGACGCGCGAAACACGCAUGGCGCAGUGGGACCAGAAGCGGGCCUGUGGGUCGCUCAUGUUGCAAUCGGUCAAGCUCAGUGGCCAGCUCGAGUCCGAACGGGAACUCGACCCGAAUUCUCUGCUGUACUUGCAAGCCUUCGAACACAACAACAGAGCCGGUGCACUCGGACUUGCGGGAUCUGCCGAAGAAGGCCGACGAGCGAUUCCGACGCCCAAAGCAAUGAAAAGCGCCAAGACGCCAAAGAGUAGUUUGCAGCUCAUGGACGAAGAUGCUACCCUUGAGAACACAGGCAGCCAUCAAACAGCGGUCUCUUCUUUUUGUCCGCACAAGCACACUGUUGCGUCAGUGCUCACACAUGCACAGCUCGACUACGUCCUGUCGAUCGCGAACUGCGUCCAGGUGCUCCCGAAGCGCGAAGAUGUGUUGUUUUGCUCCGAAACCACAACCAUCGAGGAAAUUCGUUUGUUUUUCCGCCGCGCACUGUGUCGCCCGCGGGGUGCGUGGGAGAAGGCAAAAGCCGAGCUCGAACAAUUGGAGAGUGGCAGGUUGUCCGCAGGCGCAUCUUUUCCACUAACAGGGCACUCAGCGUCAGCAGGACGCGAACACAAGCGAGACCAGAGGACAACCAGUUCGACGCUGUUGCUCCCUCCUGACGACGGCACGACAGGCCUGGAUCGGAAAAAGGGAAUUCGCGGCGCAACAUCAGUGGCGAAGCCGAACGCAAAAGCCAGCAGUGCGACGUCCAGUUCCGGGGGCGGCCUCUUCGGAAAGAUGAACUUGACGCUUGCGGACGUUGCCUCUUCGACCACGGCUCCUGAGAGCAGGAAGAAAAAGGGCAAAACAAAUGCCGCGGCGUCCGCAUCGCAGCUGCUGGACCAUCCGCGAACAAAUGUGAAAGACGAACAAGACCCAGAUGAAGCGGAUGAGAACAUCAGCACUGGCUCCGUGUCUGCUACCAAGCACUUUUUCCUCGUGUCAAUCGAAAAGCUGCAAUACAAGGUCGCUGUUUCAGCGCACCACGUGUACCUCGAGGAGUGCCGGCGCCGGGAGAAGGAGGAUUUGAAGCUGGCUGCAGAUUUUAAGGAGCAGGAGGAAGUGCUCGAUCCUAUGAAGGGAGCAAAAAAGCAGAAGAAGCACUUGCAAAGAUUGCAAUCGGUCCAGGAUGGCGAGGCCGGCGCAGCUGCUGUAUCUUCCACGUCUCAGAACGCUAUUUCUAGCGGCUUGUUCGAAGCGUACAAAAGCGAUGAUGAUGAGAGUGAAGAAGAUGAGGACGUCGACAUGGUCGGAUCCGGCGGUGUUGUAGCGGUGCAGGACAGGUACAAGUCCACCAAGUUUUCCACGCGUAACCACUUGGUGUUUUUCUGUUCCGAAAAGGCCGCGCGGCAGUCCCACCUGUUUUCCGCCUUUGCCGAGCAAAAGGUCUCGGCGCCGAAGCUGCCGUCGCUGCGCGACAUGAGGGAGUUUGUGCGUCCGCAGGCGAAGGGCUUUUUCAAGCUCGUUUGCUCCGCCGACGCGGGCGGCGGCAAAACCUGGCUGAUCGACCACCAGAUCGAGCAAAUACGGCAAAAAAAGGAGAAGAAGAUUGAGGAUUGGCUGAAGAGCCAGAAAAACGCUUCCUCGUCCUCUAGAGGGAGCGGCCUGUUGAACAACCACCACUCCGGCCUGAAAGCGGCACCACAAACUGCGUCAAAGGUGCCUUGCCGGUUGAAAAAGAUCAAGAUUGUCCUGUUUAAGGAAGUGAUCGACGAGGACGCACUGUGCAGGCGGUUGAUUCAGGAAAGUUGCAAUCUGCAAGAGAUCGUACCCGAAGUGGCCGCGGACGGUGGAAGCAAAAAUUCGUUGAACAAGAAAGGAACAAAGACGAACUUCAAGAAGUACUUUCAACCAAUGGAUCGGACGCUGGCGAUUUGCAGCACUCGACACUCCAACAGUGGGCGUGAGUACGGCGAGGCGCGAGAGCAGGAAGAGGCACUGCAAGGCGAACAACAGUUUGGCAUCGCGCUAGCCAUUCACUUGGUGCUGCCCGCAGGCGUGCGUUUUCAAAACGUCAAUGACAUUUUGUUCAAAUUGGUCGUGUUGCGGACGCUGGAAACGAAGGACGGGAGCAUCUGGCGAGUCGGGGCGGAAGACGUGUGCUUCCUAGAGACUAGCAACCGUGGCCUCUUGGAUUUUGACCGGGCACAGGAGGUCAAAGGGCAUCUCGUCGCAUCGCCCAACGCGAAUGUGGGGCAGGCUCUGCUUAAAAUGGAGGAUCCGGACGAGGACGCGCCACCUUCUAUGCGAUUUUUGGAUUUGUAUGAAACCGUCGAAGACGAAACCGACAGCAAGCAGCUCGAAGACGCGGAGGCCGCCGCGCAGGGAACAAAUUUUGACUUUGUCCGCAACUUUCUUAAAACGAAGACACGCCCCAGUCGGGCAAUCAGCGUGCAACACGAUGCCGAGACCAGCGUCUGCAGCUUCGCGAGCUAUUUGCCAAGGUUGGAUUUGCUCACGCCCGUUGAGCUGCUGCGGGAGCUGAUUGCCGAAGCCUGCGGCGCCGGCACUACAACUGCGACAUCAGGAAAAAACGACACACAACACGCGAAUAGCACUCGAGCUGACGACGCCUGGCGGAUCCAAGCUGCGGGUUUGCUCGACGCUGCACCGGGACAUCAAGAGAGUUCCUCCAGGAAUGUAGUGCCGCCGCAAGAACAGAGCAAGUCUAAGUUUGAGUAUGUGGCGGAGUUCCUGGAUGAGUACAAAAGGCAGGAAAGCAGCCGGAAAAACGAUAUUGCUGACCAAAAUCAGCGGUACACCUCCAACCCGAACCAAGGACAACAGAACAACAACCAGAACUCCAGGGCACGCAAUUACCUGUACUACCACGCAGACCGUGACUGCGGCACGUGGCGGAAGGAGCACCAAAAACCGCUGCUGGACUGGUUGCGAAACGAGCAGGGCUGGAACUUCGUGACGGCAGCAGACCUCCGCAUUUUCGUCGACCAGAAACUGGUUGACGUGAAGGAGUCCGCGAGCGGGGACAUCAAGCAAUGGCGGCCAAGAAGGUCUAAACAGGCUGGAGAACCCGCUAAAGUGCCAAAAGACGGCAGGGACGCGGACGAUGAGUUGCACUAUCACGAUGCUGAGGAGGGCGACGAGGACGAGUUUGGAGACGACUACUAUGAGGAAGAUGACGGUGCGGAGGACGACGAUAGCCUGUACACGCUGGACUUGACGAAUCUGACCAUUCCAAGUUCGGUGUUUUCACAGCCCACCGGAGGUGCGAGCUCGUCGUCGAGCAGCGCGCCGCCUGCAGCUGCAACAUCUUCCUGUCCUUCGAAAGACCUCCAGCGGCAAAUUCACAUUCUGCAAAACGUGAUCAAGUACUGCGGCGUCGAAAACCCGUGCUGGGGGCAGUUGACUGUGUUUGUGGAUUUUCUCGAGAAGCAGCUCCGAACCUGUGAGAAAAACGUGUUUGCGAAUUGCCCGGACGAGGGGCUUGGCACCUUCCGCGCUUUCGUCGUCCGUUUCAUGGUGCAAAUGUCGCGCGACUUCGCCACUCCCAGUCUGUGUCUGACGGACGAAAGCAAUGGCUUGGUACCGGCCAACGAAACCGCGCAGCAUCACAACGACCCAGAUGUUUACGAGCAGGAUCUGUCCCCGCGACUGGCUGGGGCCGGCGCGGAGAGCACCCUGCGCCGCACGUGGGAAUCCACGCCGCAUCCGUAUCUGUUUUUCCAAAGCGACGGGCAGUCCAUGACGUUUUUGGGUUUUGCCAUUGACAGCGAAACGGGGCACUUGCUUGACCGGAAAUCCGACAUCGUGAUCGAGAAGAAUAUUAUGGGUCUGGAGCUGUUCGACGCGCUGCAGGGGAACGGGGUCAAGUUGAACGAGGACUUCGGGAAACUGCCGAAGCUCGAAAAGAUCAAGAAGCUGCUACCCGUGUUGUCGCCGCCGGACGUGCUGGACGCCCUGUCAGAUUUCGGUAAAGAGGACGAUCCGGACCAGUCCUUCGAGUUAACGCUCGACAACUGUCAGAAACUUCUAGCGAUGCACGUACGGUUCCACUGUGGGAUCCCGGUCUGCCUCUUUGGCGAGACGGGCAUCGGCAAAACGCGACUCGUGGAAUACUACGCCAAACUGUGCGCCGCGUUGAAGCACGCCCAGGUGCGGCAGCAGGACGCCAUGCUCCGGCAGUUUGGCGGAGGAGCAGCACAGCAAGUGCAGAUGAAAAAGGCGAACAUCAAGGUCGUGAAGGUGCACGGGGGUACGGACAAGGAGGACGUGUGGCGCGCGGUCGCUGACGCCAGUCGCAUGGCGGAGCGGAACUUUGUCGAUGAGAAUAUCCAAACGACCGUGCUGUUUUUCGACGAGUGCAACACGAGCUAUGCGGCUCUGUGGCUCUGCCAAGAACUGAUGUCCGACCGGACUUUUGACGGGCAGCGCGUCAUCGCUAUGGAGCGCUUCGGGUUGAAAAUUUGCAUCGCGUGCAACCCGUACCGCCGGCACAGCCCGGAGCUGAUUGCGCGCAUGGCAAAAAGCGGGCUGGGGUACCACCACGAUAGCACCACUAGUGACACAGAUCCGGCGGCGGCCACAGGAAAUAACUCCCAUGAUGCGGAGUUGGAGCAGGCGACUGUGCAGCUGCGACGGGACGAAAAGCAAGAGCUGAUUCCGAUUCGCCACUUGGUGUACCGUGUUCACCCGCUGCCGCCCUCUCUGCGCAUCCACAUCUACGAUUUUGGUUGCCUCUCAGAGGAGAGCGAAGCGAGCUACAUUCAGUUGCUGGUUCGGCGCGAACUGGAGAAGACGCAAAAGCAAAGUCUCUUGGCAGCGACGUCAUUUGAUAACUCCAACGGCGACCACGGGGGAGCCGCAGCUGGUGUGGUCGUGCAACCAAAACACCAGGACGCAGAUGUCGACGACGACGGAAUGCCAAUGCUUGUCGAAGCUCCUGCUCCUGGGAGCAGCAAUGCAAGGCCGGACAUGAUGACGUUCGACGCUUUGUGUCCCACGGUGGAAUGGAGCUCCAAAUUCAAGGACCCGAGAGCAGUCCCACUGGUCGAAAAGCUACUCAGAACGGCAACUCGAGCAGACGAGCUGUAUAUAUACUACGAUAAGGACCAAUGCGAAACAGUAGCUUCUGUUGCCUCUUUCCAAGACCAGGAUGCCGAUGCGUCAAUCGUGCAGGUUCGCGUCCAGGUUUUUUCAUCUGUCCAUCCUCCUUCUCCGUUCUAUCUGCUCUGCGACGGAACCACUCACACGGAGAAGUUUCCGGGAGACAUAGAACUUUCGAACAAGAAACUUCCCGUCUUCAGUCUGAACGUUUGUAAAAACAUGAAUGAUCGCCGUAACGUUUUUGCUCCUUGGAAGGUUUUUCGGAUGGAUAGGGAGGCCUCUAAAGUUGCUCCCAAAAAUGUCCGUACCGCCGUGGAGCAGCAAAGCAGCCGCUUGCGUCAAUGCGUUUGGAACAUGUUGCAAAGCAUCAGGAGUUCAUCUUCGUCAUCGAAUCUCGACCCAGCAGCGCGAAACGCUGGGCAGAUGGCUGCUGCAUCUUCAGGAGGAAUGACCCGGCGCGAUACUUUUACCAUUGGCGUUUUCCUCCAGUCGACGAUGCACAAAACACAGAAGCAGAUUGCCCGCGUGCUCCAGCUGUGUCAGAAGUUUAUGAAGAACUCCAAAACCGAAAAGUCGUUUGUCUCGCUGCGCGACGUCGAGCGGUGCCUUUCCGUGUAUCAUUUUUUCUGCACGCAGUUGGAAAACAAAGCGCUUGGCGAACUGUGGAACAACAAAACACCGCUAGAAAGCGCCGCCCUGCGAGAUCCAGAGAAAGCUAACCACGACCUGCACGAGGCCGCCUUCAUCUGCUCGCUGGGUGUGUGUUACUACCUCGCCCUGGCGCCCGCCAGUCGCAGCGCGUUUUUGACGCACGUUUGCUACCCGAUCUCCAAAAAGUCUUCCCGUUCCGGUGGCAAUGAAGCGGCGAGGGCGGACGAGUACGAGGCCGAUGAAGAAAAGUGCAAGCACAAACUCCGCUGGUUAACCAAGCAAAAUUUCGAGGCAACUUUGAAGACGGUGAUGGAUUUUUUCAUGCAGGAACUUUCGAAGAGCGCGAACUUGGAGGACAAAAACAUCGCCGAGAACCAGGCGCUGACCGAAAACGUGUUCCUCAUGACGAUUUGCGCGGAGCUCCGGAUCCCGCUCUUUAUCGUGGGCAAGCCAGGUACCUCCAAGUCCCUAGCUCGCUCCUUGGUGGACGACGCUAUGAAGGGAAAGUCGUCGCAGUCUCCGUUGUACCAGACACUGAAGCAGUGCGUGCAGGUGUCCUACCAGUGCUCGCCCCUUUCCACCUCGGACGGCAUCAUGAAGGUCUUCCGCGACUGCAGUCGCCGACAGCGGGGGAAGGACCUGGAGGAGUCCGUGGCCGUGGCGGUGCUGGACGAGGUGGGGCUCGCGGAGUACAGCGACACGAUGGCCCUGAAAACGCUGCACCCCCUGCUGGAAACUGGGUGCAGCCCGGAGGUAUCAAAUGUAAAAAUGUCUGGGUCUGGAAGAUUGCGAGACUUGUCAUGCAUAUUUCGGAUCACGCAAAUGGCGUCUCAUGCAGGCAAAAGCAUCACAGGUUUUGAGCACGCCUCAUGAUGCCCCUCCCGCAUGAGAAACUUCCUGCUUGCGUGCCAAGAAGUGAACAGCUUUUGGCGCUCAUGCAACACAAAUUUUUCUGUGCUCCAGAGUUUGCAUCACAAGUUCCAACCUUUCCAGACCCAGACAUUUUUACAUUUGAUAGGGGGGCUCCUUCGACGACGCCGAGCCCUACUUCAAGACGGGCUUCUACGGGAUUUCGAAUUGGAGCUUAGACCCGGCGAAAAUGAACCGCGGCAUCCUGGUGUCGCGUGACGAGCCGGACGAGAAGGAGUUGCAGAAAACGGGGGCGAAAAUCCUGCGCGUGUCCGAGGACGACAAAAUGCUGGAGAUCAUCGUCGCAACCUACACGGAGCUGUACAAAACCCAGGGUCAGCCGGAAAUUCACGGGUUGCGCGAUUUCUACUGCCUCUUGAAAAUGAUCGGGCAGGAGGCCGACAAACGCAAGUGGUCGGUGAGCCACGUCUCUGAAAAGGUCCUGCAGUACAAAAAGCGACAGGAGGAUGCGCAGCAGAUGGCGGCGGCGGCUGCCCGCGGGGCGCAAAGAGGCAAGAAGAGCCAGCAAGUGGCUGCGAUAAAAGCUGCCGUAGGUCCUGGAGGUGCUCCCGGCGCUGCUCCGACGGCGAUCGAUUUGGAGGUGAAUCGGUGCGUCGUUGUGAUUUCGUACUGCUUGCGCCGCAACUUCACGACGUGCGGUAUGAGUCGCAUUGACGCAGUCGCGCUGUUCCACAACAAUCUCUUCCGCGUGAGUGACGUUUCGCACGAGCCUACGCAGGCAUUGGAAGCGGCCAAAAUCUUCGCAGGUAUAAAUACAGCAGGUUUUCGUUUUUUUCCUUUUGCCUCACCGAUCGACGGGCCGCAUUCCGUUUGAAGAUGAUCUUCAUGUUCGAAGUAAGUGGCUGAAAAUGAUGUAUAUGUUCAGAAUCUAUCAGGAGCUAAAACUUUAUGCACUUUUUCCCAGGCGCAGUAGCAGCAGCCUCGUCGAGCAGCGCGCCUCGGCCGAAGAAGGAGCAUUUGCUUCCGCUUGAUGAAGGAGAGCCUGAGGACGAUCAGCGCUCACCACGAGACGUAGCCGAAGAUCCGCACGAGGAAAACGGCGAGGGCGAAAAUAGCUGCAGCGUGCAGGUUCUGGACAUGCUGCUGGACAACCUGCGGCACUCGGAUCCCGACGGCAGCGACCCGGUCCGCUACCCGUUGAUCGUGGCCCGGAAGGGUUUCGCCGCCUUGCACGUUCUGCAGGAGAACAACAUUCUCAACUGCCAGAAUAGCAAGAAGGUGGAGAUUCUCUUCGGAUCCAGCUUCAAGAAUGACCACGAAUACACGAACAUUUGCCGGGCCAUCAACGCAGUGAAGCUCUGUCUGGAGAAGGGCGUGGUGUGCGUGCUGGUGAACCUCGGAAUGAUUUACGAGUCGAUCUACGACGCGCUGAACCAGUACUACACGCUGUGUGGCGGCAACAAGUACGUCGAUUUGGGGCUGGGUACCAACCGCUUCAAGUGCCGCGUGCACGCGGACGCGCGCUUGGUGAUUGUGGCGACAAAGGAAGAAAUUCUGCGCGACUUCCCGGUUCCCCUGAUCAAUCGUCUGGAGAAGCACGAAGUGUCUGUCAAGCUCGCGCUGCGCACCGAGGUGGAAAAGCGAGUCGCUUUCCGGCUGCGGAACUGGGCGUUGCGUUUCGGAAAAGUCGUGAGAGAUGGCACAGCAGAAGCGACCGCAACACCUAAGCUUGUUGUGGACAAAACUUCCGCGGCCGAGGUGUCCUCCAGCCAAAAGCUUCUUGGAGGCGAAGCAGGAGUGGACGUUGAUGACGUUGAAAUGUUGAACGAGGGCGCUGAUGCCCUCGAAAGUGAGGAGGUACAACAAGUGGAAGCGGAAGAGAGUCUGUACAACUCGUUUGUUGGGUUUGACGACGAAACCUGCUACUUGCUCGUCGCCAAAGCGGGAUCCGAAUUUACCUUUUCCGAGAAGACGCAGAAGCAGGAUUACGAGACAGCUUUGUUCCAGCGCACGAGAGAGCUCCUUUUGCAAACGGCGACACCGGAGGCGGUUCUGCGGUACGGUGCGUGUUGCAGCGCUACAGCUUCGACAGGCACGGUUGCGGCUUCAUCUUCGUCGACUUUGCUAGUUGGAGACAAGAAUAGGGCUGAUAAGCAGCUGGAUGUGGGUACCACCGCACGAGACGAUGAAGUCCCAGCCGACUACUUCCGUUCAGACACUCGGGAGCUGCUGCCCAUUAUUCGAGCGCCUCAAGACGCCAUGCAGAAGCACUUUCAGUCUCGUGCCAGCUUUGGCGGAGAGCAGAGGAUGAAGACGCCGUCGCCGCUUCGGGAUCGGACGGACAGCAAGAAGAGUGCGGGCGGUCGUGCUGGGGGUUUGGAUGCUAUCAAAGCGAAGAGCGCACAAAACCUCGACUACAUUCAGGUAACGACGUUUGCGCGCCUUCUGACACAGGUGGACCUCAACCGGUUAUGUGAGGGUCUCGCGAUCGAGCCGAAGAAAAGCGCGAUGCUGGUUUCAUUGAAUGAGAUCCAGUCGGAGAGCAACUUGGAGAGCGUCGUGAAGCAGUUCUGCAAGGCUGAAGCGACGUGUAUGCAAGGCGACGAUGCGAAAGUGGAUGUUGAUGGGGAGGACCUGAUCGACUCAUUUCAGUCCAACUUACUAGAACCUACUUCGUCCUCCGCAACUACAACAUCUUCGAGACUGCGUCGCCGUUUGCUGAUAGUGCAAAGCAGCGAGAACUUCUCCGCUGCAGGGACAAGCUCGUCAACCACGACGUCGCGCGGAAAUUACAACAACUUGAUCGAAUGCGCCCGGUACUGUGUUCAGAAUACGGCCGCGAAGCACCUAAAAGCUCCAAUGGGGAAUGAUAAAACCGCUAUGAGUUCUUCUUGUAUGGAGGCGACCACGAUCUUGUUUCUCGUGCAGCUUCCUGUCGUCGCGAGUUCCCUUGCGGAGUACGCGGGUCAGCCGGCUGGCUGGCGCUGUUACCACGUUGACGACCUGACGACGUGCAGUAUCGCAAGUACGGCAGGAGAUGUAGCUACAGGCUCGGACGUUGACACCGCGGCACCUUACCUCCCUCGCUCGAUCAUGGAGUUACGCCAGUUGGGCAGCAUUGAAGCCGUCUUGCGCAAGCGGGUUUUGUUCUUGGCGGAUCAAGAACGAGAAAAGUCCACCGGAUCAUCUACUUCGCAGCACGGAGCGCCGAAGCCGUCUACUUCCCGCGGUCCGUCGCCUGAAGAAAUUUACGAACCGGCCGAAGCGGUGCAAAGCAGCCAAAUCGAAAUUGGCAUGACACAAAUGAUUCCCGAAGACGAGGAGGAGGGCCCCACGCAGUUUUUCAUUUCGGACACCCAAGAGGAGGGACGCCUGCAUCGACAGGGCGGGGGGCAGAAGAAUUACCACGAGGACCAUGAUGGUGCUAGAAAAACGAAGAGCCAAAGGGAAGUGGGCGGCGCAAUCAACGUUAUUUCAGAGCGCGUUCUGCAGCAGAGCGAGGCCAUGCUGCGGGCUUUAACGAAGAACAUCAUCUGGGAUGCUUGUUCGCGGACGGCGGACGACCCCCGUCGUGAGCUGCGUGUGCGUUUGAUUCUGCGCUUCAUGGAGGAGACCUCAUCUUCGCGGACGAUGCCCGACGCGCCAGGAGGAGGUGUCUCCCGCGCUGCGGCACUCCUACGUGGUAUGUUCGCGCGAGUCGCGGACGUGCUGAGCACCGGCGCAGCGUCAGGAACUCCAACAACUUCCCCAGUUGUCAAUUGGAUCGAUGCAGUGGCGCAGCGUCAGCGGUCCGUCCGCGAGGGCACGUUUCGCGACGCGUGCGUACGCACGUUUCAUGAGGAAGCGGCGAAGGCCUUUGCCGUCGUACUCGCCGACUGCGAUUUGUGCAACAACAUGGACCUGCUUUCCUUGCAGGAGGAUCGGUGGUGCGGUACGUUGCAGAGGCUACCACAGACUUCCGUUCCAGCUCAGACGUGGAUUAAGGGUUUGUUUUCAUGUCAGCUUCCCUUCUUUCCUCACUUGUACGGAGAAGCACGCCAACUGGCAAUCAAGGACCUGCAAAUCGCUGAAGGUAAUGAAAAUAGUGGGCAAGAACUACAGGGGCAAAUCGCGCAGACAACACAUGCCAACAGCUCGAGCACCAGUAGUGACGAAGAAGAGCAGCAGAGGAAAAAUGACGACCGUAUUGCACGAGACGAGGAAGAAGUUAUCCAUGAUGAUUUCGCCCGCACAGAUUCUUCCAGGUUGACUACCGCGAAGGAAGUUCGGCAGUUUUACGAGGGCGUGCGAAAAAGCGAGGCUUUGUCCGGUCUCCUUGUAGAGGAAAGAAACGACAUCUUCGGAACCAGCAAGAAGAAAACCACCAGCGGCGGCGAUAAGCCAGAGGAGGAACAGCCAAAAUCAUCACCGAGUUACUUGAACCGGUUGGGUGGACUGUUGUCCAAAACAACCGCAAACUUGCUGGACCGCUUAGGGGGUAGCUCAUCGAAAUCCAAUUCGGUGCACGAAGCAUCUCCGCUCGGACAGGUGACCUCUGCAACCGGCCGCGAGAACAACCAGGGCGCUUCCUCCAAUACGACAAAAAACAACGGCUCUCCUGCUGACGUGAUGGGUCUUUCGCAGAGUUAUACAGUGACCCGAGUUUACUGUUGCGAUCUGAUGCGAAUGCUAGCUACCACCUCUCUCGGACUUGAUGCAUUGACAGAGCACGACGAGGCGACAAGAUCUUCAAACGCAAACAACAAAAGCCAGUCGUCUCUUGCGGCUCGUGCGGUGAAAACGAGCGGUAGGGUACUUUUCUUGAUGGCGCAGAAAGAGGCAGAAAAUCACGGCGAUAUUCUUGACGACGCCGAGGAAGAGGGAAACGGAAACGAAAAUAACCGGUACCAGGAGGUGCUUGUAUUCGUGUGUGUGCAAAUCUUGUUUGAGAAACUCCGGCAGACUGUGUGGCGGCCGUUGCUGCAGGGAUUGCUGCUGGAGGCCCGAGUCUUUACCGAGACAGCGUGCAAUGUGUCUGCUACGAAGCAGUUAAUGUCCGCUCUUGAUGCCGACCUGUUUAAAGCCUACGACAGCUCGAAGCCUCAACGAACCGCAUUGAAGCUGGUGCUCGCUGCCCUUACCAAAAGGAUCUCCUCGAGCGUGGUGCAGUGCUUUCGGGCCAAAUUUCUGUACGAGGAUCCUGAACUUUUGAUUGCGAUCGAAAAUCCUGAUCAUGAACAGCAAAGCCGCGACACUGGAGGUCAACAACAUGCUUCCACCGCCCGUGAUGAGCUUCUGGGCCCAGCAUCAUCUUCAUCAGCCGCGGGACACGGUUCUCUGAUGAGCGGCAUAGGAUCUUCUUCCUCGUCAUCGUCGAACAGGAAUAAUCUUCCCGAUCCUGCUCUGAGGAUGGCUACGCAAAGAUCGCAACGCGGCGAGCAGCCGACUAUCUCGUGGAUUCCGCUAGAUCACGGCUCCUCCGCACGAACGGGCGUCAUUGACGCUGUGAAAAGCCUCGCCGUGCUGGAGCUUCCAGGAUUUCUCGAACACUUGAAAAGAGUGGAACGAUUCUGCGAAGAUGUGCUGGAGGAUUUGAUGCAGAGUUGUAACGGGGACGAGAACGCAGGGACAGGAGGUCACAAAGCGAAGGAUAAGGUUCCAGCAGAGGGACGAGCGGGUGGAGCAGAUCCAAGCUUUGGCUCUCGGCGGCAACAAGAACAGUACGGAGUAGACCAACUUGCCGAGGAUGCAGACAUGGAGCCGGCCGACAGCGCUUCUGCCGAUACGGCUUUACUCGAGACGCAGAUCCUCGUGUGCCGUCAGCAACUUUCCUCCGUCAGCCUGCUUGGCGCCGCGUUGACGCACUUCGUUCUCCCGGAGGUGGCACACGCCGUCGUGGAAAGAGACGAGCUUCGGUUCGGCGAUAUUACCCAGCUGGCGACGUACUCGUUGAAAGAUGAGGAGACUCUGCAGAAGACUGUACAGCCAAAAAUCGUUGACACACAAACCCGUCGCCUCCUGCUGGCCCGGAGAGUUGAAGUCCAGGAGAAAGUCGAGCUGCUGGCAAGCAAGAACAAAUCUCGACAGCAGCCGGGACGACUCCCGCGGCGAUCUCCGAGAGAUCAACUACACAUCACGAAGACAAUUUACCGCGCGCAUUUGAAUCCGGCACUGUUCGAGGCAUUUUUCGAUGUGAAGUCUUCCCCGAUCACGAAGGUCGAUGGGUACAGGAAGCUGGAGGAAGCUCUGCGAGCGUGGAUCGCGUUGGCGGAGAGGUACGAGAGGCAGGACAAGCUCCCCAUUGCAAUUGAUCUCGACGCAGAUGUGGACAUGGUUGGACAUCAGCAAAACACCGAUCUGGAUGCGGAUAUGCUCACCUUGAAGCGGCGGGAGCAAUGUACCGCGCGCGUUCGCAACUUUUUCGUCGACGCUAUUGCACAGCAAUUCACGGCUGUCGGAUGUGAUGACGAGGGGGUCAUGCACGCUCUCACGGAGAUCGUGGCCUGUCGAAGCCCGAGCCUGCAGUCAAUCUUCCCGUCCAUUCACCACAGCAGUCCUUUGCGCGGGUUGUUAAUCAAGGUGUUGCUGCACCAGCAGAGCUUGGUCGAGAAGCCGAUGGCCGUGAUCGCAUUGCUUUCUGACUGGACCCUCAACGACCCGGAGAUGAAUAAACCUCCAGACUGUCUUGGUCUUGACGAUUCCACUGGUGCGCAGCAGGCAGAGCCGGCGGUAAAGCGACGAAGAGUCGAACUGCUAGCAGGAGAGCAAGCGGAUUCGGGUCAAAAGGUCUGCAAAAGAAAGAAGCUCGAUUCCGUGCUAGCGUUAGCACCUGCUACAGCAAGCGGUGCGCUGCAGCACUUGCUGAACGACAUCUUGACCCCCGCCCGCGACGGCAGCACAGCGGCGGGCCGGAGUUUGUUUCACGACCUUGCGCAGCGGCAAAUGGAGGCAGAUCGCAAGCGCAUCACGCAACACAGUAAGAAUGCCGCAAAAAUGCUGGUUGCCGCCGUCGAAAAUUUGCUCACGUACGCGCCGAAGAGGAACCGCAAUUCGCAGGACGAGGAUAUUGACAUGGACGUCGCCGAGAGGGGAGGUAGCAGUAGUGCCAGCGGUGCCGGUGCAUCAAGCCACGCCGCAGAAAAUCAACAGAUGCGGUUGAACGAGCUGCAGAGCUUCGAUACUGAGCGAUACAAAGCCGCGUUUGGUUUGGUGUUACAGUUCUCUACUACGCUGUUGCGGAGCGCCGUGUUCAGCCUCCUUCAAGCUGCGGAAACCAGCGAUUAUGUGUUGCUCGCCCGCAGUGUGGGGCAAGUGCGACUGGCCGUCGACUACGCAGCGGAACUCACAUACUACUGUCGACUGCCAGAGCUCGAGCAAGACCUGAGGCAGCGCUGGACCCCUUUUCUCAGUACGAUGGAAGAGGCGAGGUUGAGUAACCCGAAUGGCCCAAGCAAUCCCGGCACGGAACAAGAACUUGAUGCUACUAUCACGUUACACAUAGUCGCCGCGUCCUUGUUGCUUUCCGAUGACGAGACGGCCCUCAGCAAAAUGACCGCGUUCAGCGAGAUCGAUCCGAACGGAUUAAAGAGGUACAAGCAGUUCCAGAAACUGCUCGCGUCGCAGUGCCGCGCACUGUGGUUGCGGUCCCUUUUUACCCGGUAUGGUUGGGACGCUUGCGAAAGUGGCUGUCGUACCUUCGCACCGGAAAUUCUCUUCGGCGGCGAAGAAGCGAUGCAGAAGGCGUGCGGGAGAACCUACGCCCCGCACGGGCUGGCCGGCGCGGGUACCAUCCCGCUCUGCGAGUUCAUUGACCCGGAGUGCAAGGUGCUCGAAGCCUGGCGCGGUGCGCGGCACAAUCGAACUGUCCCGGGAACCUCGUUCAAAGUCGAAGGGUUCGACUCGAAAACAGCUACGCUGCAACAGAAACUCGCGGCGAUCGUGGGGACGCUAGAGUUCCAAGCGGAGCAGGGCAAGGUGAACAUUGCACAGAAGCCCGACAUUCUCCAAAAGCUGCUUGGGGUGCGAAAGGUCGUAGACUACAAAAAUGCUGCGAACCGCACCGGAAGUGGACCAGUUUUUCUGCGGUCGCUCAGGUUUGACGAGACGGCAGACCAAGAUGCUGCUGCCAACGUGGACACCAAUGAGAAAAUGCUGGCCUACCUGGAUACCCUGUGGUCGGGCAUUGCCCUGGUGCUCGACGACGAAAGCUUCGAUGGGUCACGUGUCUCCUCCUUGACCCACGUGGAUCGUUACGGAUCCAUCCUGCUGGGCUUCUGGGGCGCCAUCUUCGGUAGCAGCGCCCCGCGCUCGCAUUCUCAUGCCAUUUUCGACCCCCAGUGCUCUUCAAGGCUAAACGAACGACUGACCGACGAUACCACAAAAAACUUUCUGGGCCUGUGUGAAUGCCUGCGCAAGAGGGCGAGUGGUGCCGAGGCUGGCGCGGCGCUAGAGGCAUUGGCGCAGAGCCUGCAACUCUCGGUACCUGACUGUGCCUACUUUCUGUUGCACUUCUUCGUGGAAAGCUUCAAGCUCGCCGCGGAGGUCUUGGAGGACCGCCAGAACGACCAGGCCAGAGAGCUCCGGCCGCUUAUCGAGUGCAACGUGUGCAUGGAGGCGAUCGCCUUGCCAGAGCGCGUUGUCGUGUUUUCGCAGUGCAUGCACCACCACUGUAUCGGCUGCGUUGGAGACAUAAAAGCUACCGCCCAUUCCAACAACGAGUGUCCGGUUUGUCGGACGAAGAUCAAGUUUGACGUGAAAAAAUUGCACCGCAACCACAAUCAAACGAUGGACGUGUACGGUCAGCUUGUCAAGUAUGACGCGGUGAAGCCCCCCAAUCCCGAGGGUGCAUUGCCAGACACCUACAAGGCGCGGCUCUGCCUGCACGAAGCGCCGAAGCUUCUCACGCAUCCCUUCGGGCGUCACCUCUGGCAGGCCAUGGUGCGCAAUUUGGACCUACAGCCCUUUUUGAACCGGCAAGCCCGCAUUGUUGCAGACCUCCAGCAGAAAAUAGUUUUCUCAACGCGCGUGGAGUCCGCGGAGACGCUGUUGCGUCGCCGCUUGAAAGAGAUUCUUGACACGGAAAACGCAACCGGCUCCAGAGCAAAUAGCAAACAAGCCGGCCCUGCUUCUGCUGACCAACCUGCUGGCGGCGCCGGAGCUCCACCUGCUCCCAGUGCCACCGAGGUGCUCCUGCAGUGCAGUAAAUCUUCCGAGGAUCAUCAUCCUUUCGGAGCAGGAGAGGGUGGAAAUUUUCCCGGUUUGCGGCAAUCGCUUUGGACGGCCAAAAAGCCUGCAGUUUCUGUAUACAGUCUGCGCAGCUACCUUGCGCGGCAGUCCGUCGCCGCAAAAAGUGGAGCCUCUCGGCGUGCCAAGAGCAAAGUCGAUCCAGCGCAAGAGGCUCUGCUUCUUCAGACGAAAUUCCUGAACCUGGUGGUCAACAAUAGAAGCGAUCCUGGGUACGCAACACUGGCGCACGUGCGGUUACUUCCUGAUUUACUGCAACUGUUAGUCGAAAUCCGUACGCAGUUCCGCAUGGACAUGCUGCAGGGUCUGAGUCUGGGACAGUUGGUGAAAGCGCAUUACAACCACGAGAACUUUGGUAGUCUUCUAUCGAACACCAGCACGUCGUCAGCCAACGAAACGACCACAGCCUCCAAAAAGCGGCCAGCGGUGCAGCUUCCAGCAGCAGCGCCAGCGCCAGCAAGUAGUGGCGGCAGACCCUGCCCAUUGUCCGCAGUGAGGAAAAGCAAACAGCUGCAAAGCGGUGUCCUACAGUCAGAAGCGAUGUCGGGCAAGAGCCGUGAAGUGGAAAGUGCACGACUUCUCAAAAGUCUAGCGACGGUGCUGGUGCAAGCAUGCCAGCUGUGUCGGAAACUGGAGGCCGAGUCUGCAGCCGAUGUGUUUGGGGUCGACGGGUUGUGUGAGAGGGGAAUCGCUGCUCUGAUAAAAACCCAGAACCGGAUCCUGCAAGCCUCGGAUGUUCAACAAGAAAAAAUCGCUGCUAGGGGGAUGAAGGCACAAUCGCUAACGGCGCAGGGUCGAAAACAAGAAAAAAACCGCUGCGCGGAGCACCUCUCCGAAUACGCAGCACGAAUUUUAACUUCGACUACCGACUUCGAGCAGUCUCUACCCUCCAAAGAGAAUGACAUCGCAAGAAGCAGUGCUGUAAGAGGCUUGUUUGUGCACGUUGAGGUCGAAGAUCACGUGCUGCCGGUUGCGGAACUUUUUGCCGCUGGGGAAAGCGUUCCUGCGUUAGACGCUGGCAGCGCAUCGGCGGCUUCGGCUUCUACGACCUUUGAUCUGACCGCGAUUAGUGAGACACUGACGGAGCAUCAUCUUUCUGGGAAACCGCACUUGCCACAGUUUGCCGAGCUCCGCCAAGGUGUGACAGAAAAAAUAACGUUGCUGCACCGAGAGAAGUUGUUGGCGAGUCCCGAGUUUGCCGUAAACUGGUGGAGUUGGCUGGACGGAAGCAAAAAUACUGCUUCUUCCCAGCACGGUGCGCUCAUGUUGCGACCUGAUCUCUUUGCCUCCAGCAGCCAGGCCAAUGCAAUCAUGGAUAAACUACAACUUCAAGCAGCAGGGUCCGGCCCUGGGAAAACAGCGAGAGACGACCAAGUCACCGAUCACGAAAAGGACUUUGAAUCCGAGAAUUGCAGUCAGCGCGGUUUGCAGCAAGAGAUCGGCAUGUGGCGCCUUCCGGAGCUGCUGGACGCGAUGUCGAAAAUCGACAUGGUGAUGCGCUUUAUCGGUUCUACUACGACUGGAAGAAUAUCCACCAAACUUGCUUCCACACCGUUGAUGCAGUUCAUUCAGAAAAGCCUUUCCCAGGACCUGUUUUUGCAACUACCGGCGCACCUGCGGAACCUGCUCACCCCACGGGCCGACAUUUGCCUGCAGGUGUCUGACUGUGCCACCCUGCAGCAGCUGCUACUGGUUCGUCGUAGUCUCCUGAUCACAACCGGAAGUAGCACCUCCACGAGCGGAGCUGCGGGUCGCCGAGUGUUCCUACAGAAUCCGGCGUUUUACGAAGCGAAGGUCCCUGCGGAGCUGAAGAACAUUCUCGCACGCACGAUCGACAUUCAGCCGCUUCUUCUAGUGCAAUGGACGUGCACUCUGCACCGGCUGCUCCUGCGUUGGACGGAGCACGAAGACCCGACACAAAUGGAUUGGAAGAGGAACAACACCGCCGAUUUUUCAUCCGUGCGCGCCCCCGGAGAAAUGACAGCUGCGGAUCAGAUGAAGAGCGCGAUCGCCGCGAAGCAGGCAGCGCAGCGAUUUUUGCACGGCGAGGUAGUCGACAUGGAGGUCGACGAUUCUAUCAAUGCGGCUCCACCAGCAGGAGGUCCAUCAACCGGUAAAAGACCUGCGCCACCCGAGAGUCAAUUGUCCGCCGGUACCCCGUUCUUCGCGACGACCGGCGGUGCGGCGGCUGGAGGGCCGAAAGCCAAGGCCAAGGCCAAAGCGAAGGCCAAAGUGAAGGCCAAAGCGAAGCCAAAGGUGAAAGCAAAAGCGAAAACGAAGGCCAAGGCUAAAGCGAAAAGCCGUGCGGCGAGUGUGCAGCUGGAGUCUAGCCAGGACGGAGAAGACGACUUGCUUGCCGUUGAUCCGACGCAGCAGGGCGCGAGCAGUAGUACCCGGAAAAAGGCACCAGGAGAAGGUGGCGCGGACGCUCCUCCGUCGUCUGCCGGAGCUCUCGAUGGCUCCGCCGGGAACGAAACUGCUGGUGGUCACCAACAACUUCCAGGAGGUGGAGGAGCUGAUGCGGAUGCGCGCCAGAGAGGCAGAGGCGGCGACACCGUAUUAAGCCAAGGCCCCGGUAGAAACCGCGCGAACAAUAGACCCGCAGCGAUCGAUCCCUUUCGUCCCGAACUGGACCUGCCGAUACAGCUGUAUCAGGUGGCAGGCGCGGAUGUGGUCGGAUUUCCAGACGGUCUUUUGGUGAAACACGCCGUAGCUUUGUUUUACUACUUGGCCGAAUACAUCUUCGAGGCGAAGAGCUAGGCGACUCGUGAUGAUGCUGUGCGAUUAUGGUUAAGGUUUGGUUGUACAAAGAGAAAAACAAGACAACAUCUGGCACUUCAGGAUGUUGAUCAGAUGAGGUGGGUUUUUUGAUGCAAUCGAUCAAAAAAUUCAGCACUGAUCUUGUGGUAUAUUCCGAUUCCAAACAGAAUGAGUAUGAACAUUAUGGCUAUCUUCAUCAUUUAUAUCGUAUCCGUAGCCAUUUUGGCUCAACUGAUUUUGGCUGUACUUUUACUACAGAAAAAAAUGCAGAAGCAGAUGUAAUAAAUAACAAACUGACUUGCGUGUUAUACCAUCCUUGCUCGACAAUCUUUACACUAUAAACUUUCGGCAAAGAAUCUCUAACAUUAACAACCGAUAAGUAACAGACCGUAAUGAUUAGAAAAAACCAGUAGAGUUUUUUUUGUCAGGCUUACCCGGAAGCUCCACCCCCACGAUCCGCGAUCAUCUUCUCCCCACGCGUCGACCCAGUUCCGCGGCCGACGCAGUGAGGGUUCUACUAGGGUUUAGCUUCUUUAGGCUUCGUCCUAUAAAAAAAAACGUCUGUAAGAAGGACCUCUAUUAAGCACAAAGGAAGUGCACUUUCUCAUCGGGAUGAUGUACGUGAGAAAUUGAACUUCCUGACCUGUGAAAUCACCGGCCUAGACCGUGUCACUUAGGAUAUUUUUGAACUCUAUCUCGAUUCUAUUUCAUGUGCGCCUGUCCAUUUCUGGCGUACGUUUUAGCGACAUUCCAUCCUGCCAACGAAGAUUGUAGUUGCUGAGGUAGGACAGGAAAAAAAUAAAAAAAGUAACCACCCGUAGAGCCAUUUUGGCCUACAGAAUAUAUUGAUCUCUCCGAUGGGGAUGGAGGAAAAUGUCCUUUCCUACGAAAACCAACCGGUGGACGAUUGUACUAGCGACUAAAACCCCAAGCCAAAUAGCGAUCGUUGCCUAUCAUUGCGAUUCGACAAAAGCAAAUAAACAAAGACGAAGAACAGCGAGAUUCCGCACUAGCAGCCUUUAUUCUAAUGGAAUUGAUACCUGUGCAGCAGCAGCACUGUAUCAAUCUGCAC